AUGGCUGGGGGGGUGUGGGGCCGGGCCCGGGCCCGGGGAGGCCCUGUGGGGGCCCUCACCCUGACAGCUCUGGCUGAAGGGAUCCAGGCCAACCAGGGGCAGCCCACCAGACCCCCUCCCAAGGGCCCUCCGCCCCAACCCGAGCUCGAACCUGAGGCGGAGCCUGGAAGUGUAGCCGCAGCCACCCCCACCGCUGCCCGGGAGCCCCACUCCCCUCCCCAUGGGCAGGAGCCAGCCCCCUCCGAGGGGCCCCGUCAGGCCCCCCAGAGCUCCUGGGAGCAGGGGGCCCUCUCUGACCUGGUGCUGUACAUGGCGGCCUGCCUGGAGGAGGCGGGGCUCUCAGGGACACAGGCCACGGCGCUCACUCUGUCCUCAGCCCUGGAAGCCCGGGGGCAGCGGCUGGAGGACCAGGUGCAGGCCCUGGUGCUCGGGCUGCUGGCGCAGGUGCCCAGCCUGGCCGAGGGGAGGCCCCGGCGAGCAGCCUUGCGGGUGCUGAGCUCGCUGGCCCUGGAGCACUCUCACGACGUGGUGGGCGCGCUGCUGCCCUGCUCACUGCCCCCGGACCGGGCGGCGGCCGAGCUGUGGCGCAGCCUGAGCCGGAACCAGCGUGUGAACGGGCAGGUGCUGGUGCAGCUGCUGUGGGCGCUGAAGGGCGCGGCGGGACCCCAGCAGGAGGCUCUGGCAGCCACGCGCGCCCUCGGGGAGAUGCUGUCCGUGUCCGGCUGCGUGGGCGCCACGCGGGGCUUCUACUCGCACCUGCUCCUGGCGCUGGUCACACAGCUGCACGAGCUGGCCCGGGGCCCACGCUCCCCCGACGCCCACAAGGUUUGGGCCGCCUCUGACCGCGGCCCCCCGCACAGCCAUGCCAGCUGCGCCGUGGAGGCCUUGAAGGCCCUGCUCACGGGGGACGGCGGCCGCAUGGUGGUCACGUGCAUGGAGCAGGCUGGAGGCUGGAGGCGGCUGGCAGGCGCCCACACCCACCUGGAGGGUGUCCUGCUGCUGACCAGCGCCAUGGUGGCCCACGCGGACCACCACCUGCGGGGCCUCUUCGCGGAUCUGCUGCCCCGGCUGCGCAGCGCCGAUGACACUCAGCGCCUCACGGCCAUGGCCUUCUUCACCGGGCUGUUGCAGAGCUGGCCCACCGCGCGGCUCCUGCGGGAGGAGGCCAUCCUGGAGCGGCUGCGCGCCUGGCAGAGCGACCCCGAGCCCACCGUGCGCUGGCUGGGCCUGCUGGGCCUCGGCCACCUGGCGCUGAACCGCGGGAAGGUGCGGCACCGGCGGGCGCUGCUGCCCGUGCUUCUGGGCGCCCUGGGCGAGGGCGACGCGCGACUCGUGGGCGCCGCGCUGGGCGCACUAGGGAGGGUCCUGCAGCAGCCGCGGGCGCCCGUGCGGCGCCUGAGCACCGAGCUGGGGUCCCGCCUCCCACCGCUGCUGGACGACGCCAGGGACUCGGUCCGCGCCUCGGCGGUCGGGCUCCUCGGGACGCUGGUGCGGCGGGGCCGGGGCGGGCUCCGCGUGGGGCUUCGCGGGCCCCUGCGGAAGCUGGUGCUCAGGAGCCUGGUGCCGCUGCUGCUGCGCCUGCAUGACCCCAGCCUGGAUGCCGCCGAGAGCUCCGAGUGGACACUGGUGCGCUGUGACCGGGCCCUGCGCUGGGGCCUGCUGGAGGAGAUGGUCACUGUGGCCCACUACGACUGCCCCGAGGCCCUGAGCCGCAUCUGCCACCGCCUGGUGCAGUGGUACCCGAGCCACGUGCCCAGCUUCCUGAGCCAGACCCAGGGCUACCUGAGGAGCCCACAGGACCCCCUGCGCCGGGCAGCGGCUGUGCUCAUAGGCUUCCUUGUCCAUCACAGCAGCCCCAGCCGCUUCAGCCAGGACCUGCUGGACUCCCUGUUCCAGGACCUGGGGCAGCUGCAGAGCGACCCCGAGCCGGCCGUGGUCGCCGCGGCGCAAGUAUCCUCCCAGCAGGUGGCGCUGCUGGCCCGCGCGCAGGGCAGUGGGCAGGGCCUGCGCUUCCCCCGCCUCCGCCUGCGCCUGCGCCGCGCCCGCCCCGUCCGGCCUCCGCCCGUCUACCCCGACAACCCCUUCCAACGCCGCAGCCUCGCGGGCCGGUGGGGCUGCUCCCGACCCGGCUGAGCCUGACCCCAGGCCCGUCGUCCUCCGGAGCGUCUGGGCAUCUGAGUCGGGCGCCCCACCGCUCCGUGGGCAGCCUGGGCCUGGGCCUGGGCCUGGAGGCGGGUGUCACCCCCACCCCCAAACCCACCGCAGCCCCUGCAAGGCCUGCUGCACCCAGACUCCUCGGUACGAGCUCCCCACCGUGACGGCCACG